AUGGGGGCCACCGCCGAAUCCCUCCCCGAGCAAUUAUUCCUGGAUCUCCCCAUCACCCAAGCCCGCAAUCCCCCGGUCGGCAUGGACCUGGUUGAGCCCUGGGCCACGGAAUACUGCACCGCCAUUACCGAAAAGCGAUACGGAGAUGCCAUUUGGGCCCGAUACAAUAUCUUUGGCGAUACCGUGGACGGCAUGUACACCCACUGGGACUGCACCGACGACGGGCAAUACACGGAAUGGAACGUCAGUGUGUAUGAUGAGAUUCUGGAGGAUGCGCGAGGAUAUGCCCGCGAUCGUGACGUGUAUCGGGAAGCGCUGGAGUUUUAUCGGGAUACGAGCGAGGAUGAUUCCCGGAGGGAUAUUAUCGAGGCGUUGUAUCGGAUUGGGAAUCAGCCGUAUCGUCUUUGGUUCUUUCAGUGA